AUGACUUUGGCCGAAGACACUCAGACUUUCAGGUACUUUCACCACAUGAUUUCUGGCUGGUGUCCGGAAGGUGCUUACACCCACCUCCAAACCCUCGAGGAGUGCGACAUGACUCCUCCCGGGUGCUCACCAGGGUUUUUCAUUUUUACCACGGGAAAUACGGCCGGGGUGCUCCCUGCCGAAGCAGGGAUCCCCAUCGGUGGAGUGGGAAAACGGUUUCUUGCUCUUCAGGUGCACUACUACGACCCCUCCUCAAACUUUGGGAUUCAGGACAGCGUUGGCGUAAACCUCUUCAUUGCGGAUAGCCUGCGACCUCAUGAUGCAGGGCUUCUUACACUGGCCGCAGGCGGGCUUUGGCCUGAGAGGCAAAUCCUGGCCGACAUACCUCCAGGGCUCCAGAACUACGCUGCGGAGCCUGUGUUGCUGCCAUCAUCAUGCACCCGUGAGUGGAAGGCAGAGGAGGUGACGGUGUUGUCACAACUUUAUCACGCGCACGGGGCGGGCACAAACAUGACGACGGAGGUGUUCCGAGGCUCCCAGAGAAUCGGAAUGUUGAGGCAGGAGAAGCUUUACGAUUACAACUUCCAGACCUUCGCACCCACAGGCAGUUUCCGGAAGCUGCAGAGAGGUGAUGAGCUUUUGUUCACAUGCAACUACAACACCUCCAGCCGAAGAUCACCCAUUAAAUGGGGCGGGGGUGUAGAUGCCGAGAUGUGUUUGUCUUUCUUGAUGUACUAUCCCGCGCAAGAGCUAAAAGGGGUUUGGUAUGUUGAGGAUGGCUUGGUGUACUGCGAAGGCGCAAGUCAUGCGUGGCACAAUGUCAGCCGCGCCCCCUCUGCGCCAUCUCCGCCUUGCGUCUCUCGCGGAAACCUUUUCUCGCAGCCUGCUUUGGACCUGCUGGUGGCCAUGAACACAGGCAAACCAACAGACAGGACUCCUCCCUUGCAAGGUCAAGUGGGCCAGGUGGCUGUGGCGGUGUUUGCAGCGCGGAUGUCUUGGCUGCUUUCCUUCGCCAGCCUGUUUACAUUCCUCGCCUAG